UUUUUACGUGGAAGCUCUAAUGUAUAACCUCGUAAUUGAUAGCUUAAACCCUGCCAAACAAUCCCUUAACUAUUUUACAUGAAACGUAUUAACCCCAUAAUUCAUAGCUUAAACCCUUGACAGAAAUGCUACUCUUCCUCCUCACUCAACUUUAUCGCCGGAAAAUCCCACCGGCGUCCCUACCCGACGCAAAUGGCCGCCUCUUCUCAACCUCCGACACCUCAUCGAACCUCCGUUCCAAAUACCCAUUUCACCCCCCAUCUUCUCUAAACCCCACCAAAACCCGACCCGAAUCCAAACCCCCCAAGAAACCCAAACCCCAAUACAAACCGCCUUCAUCUCUCGACCGGUCCGGCAAGAAACCAGUACGGUCAGACCUCCCUUUUGAUUUCCGGUUCAGCUACACUGAGAGUAGUCAUAAGGUGAGGCCUAUUGGGUUGAGGGAGCCCAAGUACUCCCCUUUCGGGCCGGAUCGGGUCGACCGGGUCUGGACCGGCGUGUGUGCUCCGGUGGUGAAUCCGAAAGUUGCGUCUCUGGAUGAAGGGAAGGUGGAGUUAAAUUUGGAGGGGAAGAAGAGGAGGACUAGAGAGAAGGUUCAGGGAGUCCCACUUACUAAUGCUGAGAGGAUUGCUCUUGUUGAGAGGUUUCAAAGGCAUAGAACCAAACGCCAGAUCAAUAUUGGAAGAGAUGGUUUAACACACAACAUGUUGAAUGAUAUUCAUAAUCACUGGAAACAUGACGAAGCAGUCAGGAUCAAGUGUAUGGGUGUGCCUACUGUCGAUAUGAAAAAUGUGUGCACUCAGUUAGAGGAUAAAACUUUUGGUAAGAUUAUUCAGAGACACGGUGGUCUACUGAUAUUAUACAGAGGAAGGAAUUAUCACCCCAGAAAGAGGCCAGUAAUUCCAUUAAUGCUGUGGAAGCCUCAAGAACCUGUAUAUCCAAGGCUCAUAAAAACGACUAUUAAAGGCCUGAGCAUUGAGGAGACGAAAGAAAUGAGAAGACGAGGAUUAGCUGUUCCAGCCUUAACAAGACUUGCAAAGAAUGGCUAUUAUGGCAGUCUUGUAGCUAUGGUCCGUGAUGCUUUUCUCAUGGAAGAGCUGAUUCGCAUAGACUGUAAAGGCCUUGAAAAGAGUGACUACAAAAAAAUUGGCUGCAAACUGAGGGAUUUAGUUCCUUGCAUCUUGGUGACAUUUGGGAAGGAGCAGAUUGUGAUAUGGAGGGGUAACAACUAUAAGCCUCAUCAGGGCGGGAUUUUCCUCACUGAGCGAGAAUUAUAUGAUGAUCCUGCAGACAGCGAGUCAGCUGUUAACAGGGAAAAACACGAAAACAGUGGGGGGAAUAACAAUAAACCUCACGAGCGUGGGAUUUUCCCUGCCAAUGAAGAAGAAUUAUCUGAUGACGGUGCAGAGUGUGCUUCAAUUCUAAACGUGGAGCAUCACAAGAAUACAGAUAACUAAUUGCCCUAGUCGAAAUAGUUCCUUGGUUCAGCACAGAGCUUCAAGCAAUGCUAGGUAAAAGCAACAAGACACACCUAAGGCAAUUGCGAGCUUGCAUAUGGACACUGCUGCCUGAAUCAUCUCAUGCAAAGCAGCCAAAUGCCCUGAUAUGGCACACAGUUGGUGACAGCAAGAAGAGGAGAAAUUGUCUUUACUGGGGAGUGGGGACACUGUUAAAUUGUGUAGUACUCCCUGCAUUCCAAAAAAUAAUAGUCGCUUUGACUUUGUACACGUAUUUUGAGGUGCAAAAAAAAAAACAUACUUCUACGUGUUAUUUUUGAAAAAAAAAAAUUCUGAAUAAAAAUAGAGAUGUUAAACUUUUAUUCAGAAAAAGAAAAUUUCAAAAAUAAUGUGUAGAAGUAUGAUUUUUUUACACCUCAAAAUACGUGCACAAAGUCAAAGCGACUAUUAUUUUGGAAUGGAGGGAGUAUAUUAAUAGCAGAGAACAGAUAGUAUUAAUUUCCCUGUAACCGAUUCAUUCUUCUUAAAGUAAAUGCUAGUGCAAGGAAGAAUAUUCCAGCUAAGGUACAGUUACUACAGUGUUGUACAGAACUGUCCAAAUUAAUGGCUAUAUGCCCCUCUUGCAUAAAUUUUUUUAAGAAAACAAUUGCAUUUGUAGAUA